UUGCAUAGGUAGCUAUGGAGAAAUUUUGCUCAAUCAAUUUGGCUAUAUAAAGCACUCAACUAAUAAAUCCAUUAUAUAAAUGCCCAAUACCCACUCACAAAGUAAAUUGUGCUAUUUCAUGGAGAUUUCUAGUUGUUUUUCCUUCUCCAUCUUCUUCUUCAUGCACUUCCUAGUGGUUUGCAUGACCAUUAAUGCCCUUACCAACAUCACAACCGACAAACAUGCCCUCCUUUCUUUGAAAUCUAGUAUUUCUUUUGAUCCAUACAAUACUUUAACUCAUAAUUGGUCGAUCAGUAAUGUAUCUCCUUGUAACUGGGUUGGAGUUACUUGUAGCUCUCGUCAUAAUAGAGUGACGGCUUUGGACCUUUCUUACAUGGGUCUUGUGGGAGAAUUAACUCCACAUUUGGGAAACCUCUCAUUCCUUAUUUCACUUAACCUGAGCCAGAACAACUUUCAUAAUUCCUUACCUCAAGAGCUUUCUCAAUUGCGACGUCUGAAAACUCUUCAAUGCAGCGUCAACAACUUUAGUGGUUUUCUUCCCCCUUCUCUGUUCAAUCUUUCAAAACUUGAGAUAUUACACUUAGGAGACAAUUCUCUUGAAGGAACUAUUCCUAGAGAUAUUGACAACCUUCCUCGGCUAAAGUGGUUAAACAUAAGCUUUAAUCAUUUUAGUGGGAAUUUUCCUUUAGGCAUCUUAAAUUUGUCUAUGAUGGAAACUUUAUCUCUCUCAUAUAAUAGCUUCUCUGGUCAUCUUCCACUCGAUUUGGGAAAUCAUCUCCCAAGGCUCCAAACAUUUAUCAUGGUUACGAAUAAAUUUGAUGGUGAAAUUCCUUCAAGUUUAUCAAGAUGUUCAUUGCUUCAAACAAUAGCUUUGUCUUACAACAAAUUUAGUGGAAAUAUACCAAAGGAAUAUGGGAACUUAACGCGGCUUGAGUGGUUAGAACUUAACAACAAUCACUUAACAGGCGCUAUUCCAAAGGAGUUAUGUGUUUCAUCAUCUUUGCAUUAUCUUUUCUUAUAUAACAACAUACUCUCUGGAGCUAUACCAAAGGAAAUUGGAAACUUAACAGCAGUCGAGCUCUUAUCUAUUGAAUUCAACAACUUCGGAGGUGUAAUACCACAAGAAAUUGGAAAACUUUAUACAUUGAAGUGGGUAGGAUUGGGAUCCGCUAACUUAAGUGGGACAAUACCAAAAGAAAUUUUCAACAUUUCUUCAUUGAUAUUUAUUGAACUUUCAGACAACAACCUUGUGGGCACUCUCCCCACAAGUAUUGGGUAUGCUCUACCAGAUCUAGAAAUUCUCUAUCUUGGUAUCAAUUUCAUCUUGGGAGUAAUACCAGAUUCAAUAUCAAAUUGUUCAAAACUUACUAUCUUAUCCCUUGAAGGUAAUAGAUUUAGCGGCACGUUACCUACAUUUCUUGGAAAUCUAAGACUCCUAGAACAGCUACAUUUGCAAGGUAACAUGCUCACUAACAACCCUGCAUCACAAGAGUUAAGUAUCAUCAACUCCUUGGUUAAUUGCAAUUAUAUAAAAGAAGUAUUGUUAACUGGUAACCCUCUAUAUGCUAUCCUUCCAUCAUCCAUUGGGAAUCUUUCCUCAUCUUUUGAGUUUCUUGCUGUUGAGGAUUGUGGGUUAAAGGGCACCAUUCCUAAUCAAAUUGGGAACUUAAGUAGCUUGGUUACCUUAAAUCUGGAAAGCAAUAACUUAAGGGGGUUUAUUCCACCAGUACUUGGAAGGGUACAUGAGCUUCAACGGUUGUAUCUUGGUAGUAACAAAUUCAAUGGUCCCAUUCCUCAUAGCCUUUGUGAAGUCAAGUAUCUAGGGGAAUUAUAUUUACACAACAAUCAACUUUCUGGUGGUGUACCAAAAUGCUUUGGUAAUAGUACUUCCCUUAGGAAUAUUGAUUUUGGUUCAAACCGUUUGUCUUCAAGAAUACCUUCAAGUUUGUGUUCUCUCAGAGAUCUAUUAACGCUUGAUUUGAGUUCAAAUUUUUUGGAUGGAUUUCUACCUGUUGAAGUUGAAGGGUUUAAGGCACUUUACUCUCUUAACAUAUCUCAGAAUGAGAUCUCGGGAAAUAUCCCAAUUACAAUUGGACAGUUGCAAAAUUUACAAUCUCUUUCCCUUGCAAACAAUAGACUAGAAGGGUUUAUUCCAAAACAAAUAAGUCAAAUUAUUUCCUUGAAAUUUUUGGACUUAUCUUUGAAUAGACUCUCGGGUUCAAUUCCAGUGUCUUUGGAAAGACUUGCGUACCUCAAAUACUUUAAUGUCUCUUUCAACGAAUUGAGUGGUGAAAUUCCAUCCGGUGGUUGUUUCAAGAAUUUCACAAGUGCGUCGUUCUUGUUCAAUGAGGAGCUAUGUGGAAUUCCAAAAUUUCAUGUCCCACCUUGUCAUUUUGCUCACCAUUCAAAGAUUAAAACAGUACUUCUCAUUGCAGUUGCAUCUUUGGGAGCUACUGUAAUAAUUACUUUUUUAAUUGUUGCAACUAUCUUGACAAGGCAACGAAAGAAACAUGAUGUCCCAAUUGUGAUGAAUAUCCACAUUCCAUUGGAUGAAAUAAGGAUAUCUUAUUUUGAACUUGUAAGGGCUACAAGUGGAUUCAGCCAAAGUAAUCUUAUAGGUUCAGGGAGUUUUGGCUCUGUUUAUAAAGGGAUUUUGAAUAACGGAAUGCCUAUUGCAGUGAAGGUGUUUAAUCAAUCAGAACGUGCUCUUAGGAGUUUUGAUGUUGAGUGUGAAGUGCUAAGGAAUUUACGCCAUCGAAAUCUCACUAAAGUUAUUACCUGUUGCUUUUCGGACAACUACAAGGCCUUGGUCCUUGAAUACAUGUCAAAUGGAAGUCUUGACCAGUGGUUGCACUCUCAGAGUAACUUCUUAGAUUUUAUUCAAAGGUUGAAUAUAAUGAUUGAUGUUGCAUGUGCUUUAGAGUAUCUUCAUCACGGUUAUACAAUACCAAUAGUUCAUUGUGAUUUAAAACCUGCAAAUGUGUUAUUGGAUGAAGAUAUGGUUGCCCAUGUAAGUGAUUUUAGUGUGACAAAGCUUUUAACCAAGGAAGAAAACUUCUUGCAAACAGAAACUCUAGCAACAUUGGGCUAUAUGGCACCAGAGUAUGGAUCAACGGGAAUGGUAUCAACACAAUGUGACACUUAUAGCUUUGGGGUUGUGUUAAUGGAAACAUUCUCGAAAAGAAGGCCCAUAGAUGAAUAUUUUAGUGAGGAUUUGAGCUUAAAAAGUUGGAUGAGAAAUUCUAUACCUCACCACAUACUUGAAGUUGUAGAUUCCAACUUAUUGAAGGUAGAGGAUAAAGACUUCACUGCGAAAUUGCAAUGUGUAUCCUCUACACUAGAAUUGGCAUUACAAUGUGUUGCGGACUCUCCAGAAAUGCGGUUAAAUAUGAAAGAUGUAGUAGCAAGGUUGAAUCGAAUCAAACUUCAAUUUCUAAGAGAUUGUGAUGCUCGUAGAGUUUAAAAGUAGAGGAUGAAAUGAAGGUAAUUGCUCAACCAAAUCUCUGCAUGGUAAGCUAAGGUAAGGUAAGACAAUUAUAUCUUUUGAAUUAGUGAUCCUUCUCUUGAUCGCAAUGUAUUUAUGUCAUUAGAAAAUAGUAGAAGAUUUUCUUUAUAUAGAUUUGUUAAUUUCUUAAAAUGUAAUUCAAUAUUAUUUGUUUUUUAGGAUGCCCUAAAUUGUACUCUUAAGUCUUAAUGCUAUAGUGAUAUUCUGGAAA